UGGAGACGUUGUAAAGACCAAGGCUCUGGAGCUCACGGCCCGUUGCAGUGGACACGUUCGCAGACAAUCCAGAGAUGAUAGCGGCGCGCGGUCGCCUUUUUCCCUGGGGCAUCACGGAGACUAGGGAUGUUGCGGGUGAGGCGAAAGGACAGUGAUGGGAGAGGGCAUAGCUGCGGCAAAGGACCCGCGGGCUCCGGAACUGGCGCCAGGCUGGAGAGCAGGUCUCUCGUCUGGGAGCUCCGCCUGGAGCCCCAGCUCGCCUCUCCGGGAGGUCAGUGCGUCAGGCUCAGUUUCUUGGGCUGUCCCAGAGACGGAACCUGGGGCUUCAGAACUAAAGGCAGCAGCGCCUUGCUUCGCGGUCGGACGGCCGCCCAGAGCACCCCCGGGCCGGAAGUCGCCCAGCCGCCGCUUCCUCACGCGAAGGCGUGGUGCGGGGUUGGCGGUCCAGCUGGAUGGGCGGUUGAGGAGGGAACGGAGCAGCCGCGGGGACUUUCUUUCAGGCGGCGAGGCCGCGGAGGGCGCGGAGUGGAGGCCCGCGGCGCUAUGGCUCACGUCGGCUCUCGCAAGCGCUCGAGGAGUCGCAGCCGGUCCCGGGGGCGAGGGUCGGAAAAGAAAAGGAAGAAGAGCAGUAAGGACGCCCCGAGAAGCUGCUCGGCUUCUCGAUCUCAAAGCCGCAAGGCCAGCACCACCUCCUCUGGGGCGGAGGAGAGAAGCAAACACAAGGCCCGGAGGAGACCGCGGUCCAGCUCCUCCUCCUCUUCUUCCAGUUCUUCCAGCUGCUCUUCCUCCAGCGAUGGCCGGAAGAAGCGGGGGAAGCACAAGGACAAGAAGAGGAAGAAGAAGAAGAAAAGGAAGAAGAAGCUGAAGAAGAGAGACAAGGCCAAGGCCAAGGUGCAGCAGACCGAGGCUCUGCCCGGACCCUCGCUGGACCAGUGGCACAGAGCAGCCGAGGAGGAAGAGGAUGGCCCAGUCCUGACGGACGAGCAGAAGUCCCGCAUCCAGGCCAUGAAGCCCAUGACCAAGGCGGAGUGGGAUGCCCGGCAGAGCGUCAUCCGCAAGGUGGUGGACCCGGAGAGCGGGCGUACCAGGCUCAUUAAGGGAGACGGUGAGGUCUUAGAGGAAAUCGUAACCAAGGAACGACACAGAGAGAUCAACAAGCAAGCCACCCGAGGGGAUGGUCUGGCCUUCCAGAUGCGAGCAGGGCUGCUGCCCUGAGGGCCCCACUGGCCAAGGCCUGCACACAGUGUUGGUGGCACAGCCUGAAGGCUGGCCUCAGGGUGGGCACCAGGGAGCCCGAAGGAUGCUGCUUGUCUCUCUCCUGCACACCGGCCUCUGGCCCAGCCUCCUGUCAGAUGCAGGGGGUGGAGGUCAGGGUCAUUGGCCUAAUUGGCUCCCCUAACUCCUGAAAGAGUGCAGCUUCCCAGAUAUUAAACGUACCCUGGCUGGAGA